UCUCAGCUAAGGUCUGGUUCAAAUAGUCUCAGAAAGGCAUUGAAAAUCUAUUUAAUGUUGAAAAGCAUGGCUAAUCCAAGUUCAUCGUUGUUUGAUGAAGCUGUGCAGCAAAUAGCAGAACAACAACAUGCCCAAGCCUCUGAAAUAGAAAGCAGCAAGGCUGUCCUUGUUAGGCUGCAGACUCAGCUUCAGGAUCUUGAGGCACAAAUGAAACAUGUUAUGGCAAACAGAAAGGCAACAGAAAGGCAAAUGUAUCAUCAAGAUGAAGCCAUAAUAAGUACAAAAGAUCGUUGUGACAAUCUGGAGGUUCAGAUCACAGCCUUGUAUGUUGAGAAUCUAAAGCUUGCAUUUGAUACGGAAACACUGCAAGAAGAGUAUAAACUGAUGCUUCAACGAAACAGUGCCUACUAUGCAAAAAUGGCUGCUCAUAGAGACCACUUUGUGGAGGCAGAAAACAAAUUGCCACUCAUGACUGAGCUCACUAAGAAAAGAGCUGCGGUCAAAGCAAUGAUUACAAACAAGGAGGAAUUAAUGUCUGUUUUUCAGAAUCCAGAAGUAAAUACUACUAACCAAUCUCAGGAUGAAAUCGCACAUUUGGAAGCUGAAAUUAAUGCGUUGAAAGAAGCUAUCAGUGGAAAGGAAAAUGCACUUAGAGAUGAAAGAAAUGUGCAUGCUAGGCUUCGAAAAGAAAUUCAGGUGCAGAAUAAAAGAUACGAAGCUAUACUAAAGCGUUUACAUUGUCAAUUGAACAAAUUUCAGUCCAGCAAAAGACAGCGGCAAUGUAACCUUCAGCAAAUGGAAGAAAAAGUGGCAGAACUAAGGAAUCUCCUCAAAGUAACUGAUUGAUAGACUAUAUCAGGGGUCGGCAACCUGCGGCCCAUGGGCCACAAGCGGACUAUAUGCUCCUUUUAAGGAUAUGGUCUGCUCCCUUUAUGUAACAACCCAUUAAGUUUGUCUUAUACUUACCCAUUCAUGGAGCUUUCCUAUCUCCUGGUUCAACAAUUUCUUUCUGAUACUGACUUUCCCCCCAGUUACAAAUGCACUUGGUACCUACACAGGAGUCACUGUGAUGCAGAAAAGCAUUGAACUAGGAAAAA